AGAGAUCUUGGUCCAAACACGCGUGGCCAACAAUAUCGUGCCAAUUGGAACAUAUACAAAAUGACACAAAACACCAGAGGAAACCUUCGAGAAAUGGCAUCAUCAAUCGCACAGUAUGGUUUACGUUGAUAUUGAUAUGCAUGGGAUUUUGUUUGUUUCAUAGCAUAGCUUAUUUAAGAGAAUACUUUCAAUACCCUACCGUACUAAAUGUUCAAGUUAAUACCGAAAGCAAAUUGGAUUUUCCUGCAGUAACCGUUUGUAAUUACAAUAGAAUAAGAAGUAAUGCUCUAGAUUCGUUUUGUUGUACAUCCGGAUUACUCUUGAAAGCAAGCAGUUUAUGCCACGUCUUAAAUGUUACUUGUUCUCAAACCAAUAACGAAGAGGCUUCCUCCAAAAGACUGAAAACUCUUAUUGGCUCUCCUCCUUUAUCUGCAUCUACUGCAUUUGCAACGUGUCCUCGUAACAGAACCAAUAAUACAGUUUCAUACGAAGGAUCCAUAAUGAAAUCUUUUUCUAACGCUUACGUAUCACUUCCUCUGUCUAAGAAAAUCCAAAUGGGACACCAGGUACAAAAAUUCGUACACCAAUGCCAAUUCAUGGGCCAACCGUGUGACCACUUAAAUUUCACGACAUUUCAUACUUUUCUUUAUGGAAAUUGUUUCACAUUUAACUCUGGUCAAAACGGCAAAGAUAUUCUUCGAGCAACUACCGAUGGAAGUAUGAGCGGCCUUCACCUAGAAUUAAAUCUGGAGACCGACGAAUAUAUAUUUGAUCUUACAAAUAAUAUCGGAGCAAGAUUAAUUAUCCAUCCUUCAAAUGUUAAACCGCUGCCAGAAAACGAAGGAAUUGCCAUCACGUCGGAAUUAGAAACCUCGAUAUCUAUCGAACAGGUAAAUAUUCAUCGUUCGAAACCUCCUUAUCCCGAUAAUUGUAUCGAUUAUCCGAAUGAUGGCGAAGGAUUUUUAUACACUAGGAACACUUGUCUUCGAGAUUGUUUUCAGCAAUUAAGUCAAAACAAAUGCAGUUGCGCGGAUCCAACAUGGCCGCUUCCUCGUAACAGCACGUCUUGCGAUUUGCGCGACGUAACACAAGUUUGCUGUUUAGACGACGUCAGACAACUGUUAAGAAAUGACGAAAAUAUUUGCAUAUGUCCGUUGCCUUGUUGUGAAAUCCAAUACAAGCUGUCAGUUUCUUCAACCAAAUGGAAUCCUCUAAAAUCUAAAAUUAACAAGGAGAUGUAUUCCAGCAUCCUUCCUUCUGAUAUUGCUAAAGUUCGUAUUUAUUUUCAAACAUUAGAUCAUGUGGUAUUAAAAAGUCAUCCCAAAUAUCAGGUUCAAGAUAUAUUCAGCAAUCUAGGAGGACAAAUGGGCAUGUGGUUAGGUAUAUCUUUAAUGACGUUGCUACAUUAUUUCGAAACUAUCUUGGGUUCUGUGUUCUGUAAACAAAAGCAAACCAUUCAUCAAAGUCCAAUUGGAAUUAAUCCUUAAUCCUUAGAAAAAUUUCACGAAAUAUGAAAAAUUGUUUUAUGUAAAUUUAAGACUUGUUAAGUUUAUCUGAAAUUAAAUAAGU